CACGUCCAUCCCGCCGAAGAUGCCGUUCUCCGCGUACGCAAUGUCGACGAGCGCGUCCAUGGCCGGAGCGCGAACCCCCCCGGCUCGCACGCGACGACGCGCCUCCGUCGCGGGCUCGCGCGUCGCGUCCCUCGUCGCGGUCGGGGCUCCCAAUCGCCCGACCACGACCCAGGCGACGCAUCUUCGAACUCGCCGAUCCCAGCCUCGGAGGGCGGCGUCGCUUCGGGUCGAGGCGGCGUCCGGCGAGCGCGUCGCCGUCAUCGGCGAGGCCCUUUGGGACUCCCUUCCCGCGGGCCUCUUCCUCGGGGGCGCCCCGGCGAACGUCGCGUGCCACCUCAACGAGCUCGGCCGCGACGCCACGGUCAUCUCGCGCGUGGGCGACGACGAGCUCGGGCGCGAGGUCCUGCGCAGGCUCCACGGACGAGGCCUCGCCACCGAAGCCAUCCAGAUCGACACCGGCGGCAUCCCCACCGGCUUCGUCGUCGUCACCAUGGAGAACGCCAUGCCCUCGUACGACAUCGUCCAGCCCUCGGCGUGGGACGCCAUGGAUCCCACCGACGAUCUCGUCGCCGCCUGCGCGGGCGCCGUCGUCGUCUACGGAUCCCUCGCGCAGCGCGACGCGCGAUCCCGCGCGGCCAUCACCGCCGCCGCGAACGCCGCCGCCAAACGCGUCUUCGACAUCAACCUCAGGAAGCCGUUCAUCGACCCGGAGCUCUGCGUGGAACACGCGCGGGGAUGCUGGCUCUUGAAGCUCAACGACGAGGAGCUCCCGGAGAUGGCGCGAUGGCUCGGGCUCGACGUCGACGGCGUCGACGACAAGGAGCUCGCGUUCGCGACGUUCAACGCGCUCGACUGCGAGAUGCUGUGCGUGACGCGGGGCGGCGACGGCGCGGCGCUGCUCACAAAAAAAGCGGGGUGGAUGGAGCAUCCCGGAUUCCGGGUCGAUCCCGUGGACACCGUCGGCGCCGGCGACUCGUUUCUGGCGACGCUUCUGGAUAUGCUUCUGGAAGGAAUGGCACCGGAGGUGGCGCUGGAGCGCGCGUGCAGGAUCGGCGCGUUCGUGGCGACGCAGCAGGGCGCGACGCCCAGGCACGACGCCGAGGGGAUCAAGGCGCUCAAGCGCAAGUGAGCGCGCGUUAACUUUUACCCUCAAUCUCGCGACGUCGGUGUAACGAAAAUCGACACCUCACUUUGC